AUGGCCGCGUGGGACGAGCGCGAAAGCGCCAGUGGGCGCGGGCCUCUGGCAGCGGCGAGAGCGGCACGAGAUCAGGAACAAACUGGACUGAGCGGAAACAAGGGGACUGUGGUGACGGGCUAUGGCCCGAUGUGGGGUAAGGUCCAAAAGCCACCCCGCUAUGAUACUGAGGGGAGACCGGUAAGCAACGGUAAAACCAGUUUGGACGAGUGGUGGAAGGCUAUCCCACCUGGCUUUCAGCUGGUGCCAACCAAUCAGGGGUCAGCGGCGAACAGUUCAAAAAUUCAAACGGGUGGCGGCGUCCAACAGACGUCCGUACAGCAACAAAGUGGAUGA